GUGGUUUAUUCAGUGAUUUAUUUAGUAGACACUCAAGUUUCUUCAUUGAUCAUUUUGCUGUUACUUCAGAUCUAAAGAUCAUAGACACUUCUGUGUCUGAUGAUGAUAAACUUGCCUCACUUAACCUUUUAUUUUCUUUAUUGUGA